GGACUGAGCAGGAUUCAGUGGCAGAAAAUUUUCUGCUCAUUCAAGGCAACGGCUCCAGUAACCGCACCAGGGUGCACGUAAGACUCCUUACAGAGACCAGCUCAUUUCCUUAGCACAGUAAAACCUGUAGAAAAUAGCUGGGGUUAAGCGUAGCAUAGGACUUUUUUUCUUUUUUUCCUUAAAAGAGUGACAUUGAUGCAAAACAUUUUCCUCAGAAGGUGCAUUUAUCCUAGGUGGCUCUUGCCGGUUUACACACGCACCCUGUCCUGUCUCUUGCUUUGGAAAGUUGCUCCACUUGAUCGCUCAGUUUGCCUCUUCGAGUCAGUGGUAGCAGGGGAAUUACAAAGACAGUGAAGGCGCAGCCAAAUCUCAGGUAGCGCGUGCCAGAUUUAAGCAGAUUUAGAGUUGUGCGGACUGACUCUGAAACUUUCCUUGCACAAGGGACAACCAUUUUUGGCAGAAGCUGCUUGCUUACCACCUGUGGUGUGCGCGUGGUGCAGGAAGCCUGCUGCAGUGCACUUGCCUCGCAAAGACAACAUGGCCAGCGGUGCUUUGCAGCUGGCCGGGCUGAUAGUCGGCGGCAUCGGCGCUGUUGGGACUUUCGCUGUUGUGGACAUGCCUAAGUGGCGGGUGUCCGCCUUCAUCGAGAACAACAUCAUUGUGUUUGAGAGCAUCUGGGAGGGCCUGUGGAUGCACUGCAUCCGGCAAGCCAACAUCAGGAUACAGUGCAAGGUCUACGACUCCCCGCUGGCGCUCUUGCCUGACCUGCAGGCCUCCCGGGGGCUGAUGUGUGCUGCCGCCACGCUGUCCUUCCUUGCUUUCACCCUGGCCGCCGCGGGCAUGAAGUACAUGCGGUGCGCACCAAGCGGCGAGCAAGCCAAGGGCCACCUCCUGCUAGCAGCUGGCCUCCUUUUCGUCCUCUCGGGUGCCGUGGAGCUCAUCCCGGUGUGCUGGGUGGCCAACACCAUCAUCAGGGACUUCUACGACCCCGUGGUCAACGUGGCGCAGAAGCGGGAGCUGGGGGAGGCCCUCUACCUGGGCUGGGGGACCGCCUUCUGCCUCACUGCUGCCGGAGCCAUGUUCUGCUGCUUUUGCUGCUGCCAGGAGAAGACCCGAAGCUACAGAUCUUCCAUGCCGCCCCACCACCCUGCUUAUGACCAGCCUUGCCACGAGAAGGCUGAAAGCUCCUACUCCAAAAGUCAGUACGUCUAGCCGCCUCAUGCCUUUUCCUUUUCUUCACACAUGUGGUCUCCGUGGCUGCAUUUCUGCGUCCGCACUGAGGAGCAGCUUUUUGCCUCCUGUCGUGACCACAUUUCGUAGCUGCAGUCACCGCCAGCAGGCCCUGCUGCGGCCACUGCUGCAGCACGGACAAUUGCCAUGCAUGGAAAGGUGAAUGUUUAAUACUACUUUAAUAGCAACUUGAGAUAGCUUUUGGGUGACAUGGCUUUGCUUUGGGUUGCAAUUUAUACAGAAAAUAAUAAUAAAGGGCUUAAAGUUCCACUGUGGCAUGAAAUUCUGGCCUGUUGCAAAGAAGAGGGGAGUUAACUGUCUGGUUCUUUUUUUCCUCUCCUGGGAAAUAAGGGAUAAUAGUGAAUAAGGACAAGAUAAUAGAGGUUUAAAAGAAAGGUAUUCACUAAGAGAUUGAUUUACUGUAGGUUUAAUGAAGGGUUGCAUGAAGAAUUUAUUCAGCUGAGGAAGGGUAAGCUGAAAUUUAUGAAAAAUGUCCCUUAUUUCAGAGAAUAAACAUUGCUCUACACUUAUCCUAAAUAUCAUCUUUUUGGUGAAAGUCAAUAUUUCUUCUGAAAUCCAUAUGAGGUCAAACUCAUUCUUAUCCUUCUUUUUAGAAGCAACAGCAUUCCCUUGCAAACUCCUUGUGGCUUACAACAUUUCACAGUUUUGCCUAGACCACCGCAAGAACAAUGUAUUGGCUAACUGCUACAGGAUAUUAUGAUAUAUAUAUAUAUAUAUAUAUAUAUAUAUAUAUAUAUUUAAAUAAGGAUAUUUUGUGCAAUAUCAGGCCCAUAUUUUUGCUGAUCCCACUCACACCAGUAUAGCUGACUGACAGGCCUAAAGAGCAAAUAUGCUGAUAGUAUUUUCUCGCAGUUCACAUGAAAACAAGCUAAAGAAUAUUUUAAAUAAGAUAAUGCUCCCAUGAUAAAGAACAUGGUAAUGAUAUGAAGUUGACUGAGAGAUAAAUAGAACUCCAUACAAAUUAGUUUAAUAAAUGGCUGAAAUUAAUUGAUAGUGGCAGUAUUUUAAUAGAAUUUUGUAACCAAUGAGUAAGGCGUAACCCCAGACCCACAGAAAUCAAUGGAAGUUUGUCUUUGACUUAACUGAGAACAAGAUUUAAUUUAUAGUGUUUAAUGGAGACCGCAUUCUCUUUUUGGAGUUUGAUUGACUGUUUUAAAUAUUUUAUAGAAAGAUUAUUACGUGAUCCAUAAUUCUCUAGUAAAUUCCUUAGGCUAUUUCCACUUUAAAAGUCAGAAACAAAUUCUUCUCUUACUAAGAUGCAACUGAAGAAGCUAAAAGAAAUCAAAGUCUGUGCACUACUGCUCUAGAACUGUCUUUUCACAGUGUUUCUAAACUGCAUAUUAAGCUGUACCUACCUAUAUGUAAUUUUGUUUUUCCUCCUUAUUUUUAGGAAAAUUUUUUCUACCUAUGUACCUGUGUGAUGUGCACGACACUUCUGUAAUAUAGCAAUGUGUGGCUACA